AUGCCGGAUCCAUCAGUCUGGAUAGCAAGAUACCCAUCGUCUCGUUUUCAAUGUGAGACCAAACUCCUGGAUGAAGAGAACACUGUUGAAUUCAUAGUACACUCCUCUGGCAGCACAGGUCCUCCUAAACCAAUAUCCAUGACUCAUCGCCAAUGCCUUGACAAUUACCUACGCAGUGGUAUGAGCGGUUUCUUGACUACCCCCCUCUUCCACAACCACGACCUUGCAACUGUUUUCCGAGGCAUGGUAUCUGGUGAAAAGACAGGAAUCUUCAAUGCCAAGCUUCCCCUUACCAACAGCAAUCUUGUCAUAGCCAUGAGAGCAGCUAAUACCGAAAGCUUUCACUGCGUCCCUUACAUAUUGAAGGUACAUGCUGAGACAACCGAAGGCAUCAAGGAACUCGCAAAAGCUAAAUUAGUAUCCUUUGGUGGAAGUAGCUAUCGUGGUGACCUAGGAGACAUGCUCAUAGAGAAUGGUGUCAACCUUAUUGCCCAAUUUGGCGCGACUGAGGUGGGUCAGCUACUAAGCUCACGGCGAGAUGACAAGACAGCUAAGGCAUGGAACUAUCUCCGACCGUAUCCAAAGGCAAAGCCUUAUCUUCUCUUUGAUGAGGUCGCUGAGGAAACGGGUAUUUUUGAGCUGGUAGUUCUCGAUGGUCUGCUUACAAAGUCUAUAUCCAACUCGAAUAAUCCACACGACUCUUUUCGCUCACAGGAUACCUUCGUCAAGCAUCCUACUAUUUCUAAUGCCUGGAAAUUCGUCAGCCGAAGUGACGAUCGUGUUAACCUCGUUACCGGAGAGAAAGUUCUACCCGUCCCGUUCGAGCAUCACAUCCGACAAAACGAACUCGUACAGGAUUGCCUCGUCUUUGGUGUCGGCCAAGCUUUCCCUGGCCUGCUAAUAUUCGCUAGCGAGGCCUCUCGAGGCUUGUCAUCAGACGAUAUCCUAGACUUGCUCUGGCCAACGAUCCAGCAUGCAAACGUGCGUGCUAGUGACUUUAGUCGUGGUCCCCGUGAGAUGGUCCUUAUUAUGCCUGCUGGAGACAAGUACCCAUGUACUGAUAAAGGGACCAUUGUUCGUGCGGCAUGUUACAAACAAUACGAGGUGGUUAUCGAGAACGCAUAUCAGAAAUUGCGGGUUAGAAUCCGUGCUAAAUGCUAG